AUGAAGGCUCUGAAGGGUGGGGUAUGGGAGAAGGUUGAAUUGGCCACCAAGUUUGGUAUCAGUUUUGCUGAUAAUAACAAGAGGGAGGUUCGAGGUGACCCUGCCUAUGUGAGAGCUGCUAUUGAGGGUAGUUUGAAGCACCUUGGUGUUGAUUCUGUUGAUCUCUAUUAUCAGCAUCGGAUUGAUACUCGCAUCCCCAUUGAAGUCACGGUUGGGGAACUCAAGAAACUAGUUGAAGAAGGUAAGGUAAAGUACAUUGGCCUACCCGAGGCCUCUGCUUCCACAAUAAGAAGAGCACACGCUGUUCAUCCAAUAACAGCUGUGCAGUUGGAGUGGUCAUUGUGGUCAAGAGAUGUGCAGGAAGAUAUAAUUCCUACUUGGCGGUGA